AUGGCCAUCGCACACCCGCAAGGUCUCCGCCCGCAUAUGCACGCAGCCGCCAGAGCUGCUCCAGUCGCAGCACCCAAGCUCGGCCCUGUAUCAUCAAGAAUACUACCAAGCCUCGUAGUACUCGGAGUUGCUUACACAGUGGGUUCCUACGUCCGCUCGCAGCUCCACCGCGAAGCCGGCACCAUGGACCGCAUCUUCUCCCAGCAGAACACGCCCGAAGUCGAGAAAGCGCGAAAGGCCGCUCUACAGGUCGAGGUCAACGGGGACCCGCGAGACAAUCUUCUCAACCUCCUAGGCCGGUCGUGA